GUCUAGCUCAAGUUCCGAAUCUACCAAGUCGAGCUCAGGGUACAUGCUCGUCCUUGUCUUCACGCACGUCAGUACUAUCUCCACGUCCGACAUGUCCGUCUCGGGCCUUUGCCCACCGACGAUACAAUUCAACUGCCUUCUAUCCAAUUGAAUGUACCUACAUUCACUAGUUCCUCUGACUGAAUCCAAGGUUCCAACACAAGUCUUACGCCCGGUGGGCGAGCCCCCACUGUCUGUCGCCGACAUACGAAUCAUUUUCCGCAACAUUUCCGAAUUAGCUGUUCUUCUGACAUGCUUGUGUCAAAGCUUGAGACAGCGAUUGAAGAAGGAGGCAAAGGCGGUGGCGAAGUUUUCCUGGAGGUGGUACCCCUCUUUGCGCCCCCAUACACGACUUAUAUCACCGCGCACCCUCGCGCACCUCGCACACAUCGACGCCCUCAGCACACCACCGCAGCUCACGCCUCAAUUCUCGCGGUGGCUCAAGGAAAGCAAAGAACUUGUUGAAGCGCACACGCAUGCUUGGGACCUACCGAGUUUGUUAAUCAAGCCGGUUCAAGAUUGCUAAAGUACGGGUUGUUGCUGGGCGCUGUGAUCAGU